AUGGCUAAGGAAACGCCUGCAAAGACCGGUCUGGCCGUUGGCCUGAACAAGGGCCACAAGACCACUGCUCGUGUCGUCAAGCCCCGUGUUUCGCGCACCAAGGGCCACCUGAGCAAGCGAACCGCUUUCGUGCGUGAGGUCGUCAAGGAGGUUGCUGGCCUCGCCCCCUAUGAGCGUCGUGUCAUCGAACUGCUCCGAAACAGCAAGGACAAGCGUGCCCGUAAGCUAGCCAAGAAGAGGCUCGGUACCUUCGGCCGUGCCAAGAGAAAGGUCGAUGAGCUCCAGCGCGUCAUCGCCGAGUCUCGUCGUGCUCACUAA